UAAUGGACGUACACAUGUGAAAACCUAGUUAUCCUUGGAAAAGUUUGCGGAAAUGUCUGCUUCUCUUGUAAGAAAGGGAUUAGAACUAUUUAAGGAUGACUUAGAAACACUUCAAGACUUUAAUAGCCCAAAGAAAGGAAAAUCAGAGAAGUCAGAUAGCACAAGUUCUAGAAACCUACUGGGCACUAAUAAAAAAGGUGUCAAAAAGCAGAAAGAGCGAUUGACUCAAAAACCAAAUAAAAACAAAGUGACCGUAAAGGGAAAGAAACUUAAGUCUGUAGUUGAAGAGUACAGGAAAAACAAACCAAAGGACAAUACCACUGACAAUUUGUAUUUUCUACAGUUACUCUCCAACUCACACAAACCUCACUCAUCUGUGGUGGAAAAGAUAAUGGAGCAGCACCGUGGCAAACUCGCCAAGGACAGACCCCCAGAACCCAUGGUAAAGGAGGAAGGUUCUGUAUUUACAGACAGGGACUUUGACAAGUUUGAAGAAGAAUACGAUUGGUGACAUCCACCCUCUGCUGUCACUUUGUGAGCCUUAAUUUUUACAGAGCACUUUGGAGGAGGUCAUAGAGGAGAAGUGAUAUGCUCUGUCAUGACCGUUGUUUGUACUAAAGAAUAAAGGUUGUGAGCCAAAGGAAAUAACAUUUUUCAAAUCACACCCAUUCUUUUUGAACAGAAGGAAGCUAAUUGCACCAUGAAUCCCAGGAAUCAAAAAGCUGGUCAUUAUGCAGAUAUUAGUUCCUGCAUUCAUUGGGAGGGAGGCACAGAAUAAAAGGCAAAGAAUUGGGAUAAAUGUUAAUAUUAUUUAUUUAUUUAUUGUUUCAAGAAUAUUUUACAAGGGUAUGAUCCAACAAUUACUACAACACACUACCUACAAUGUAAAGUACAUGAUGGAUGUUGACAUGACAGUGAUACAUAUGUUACAUUGAUGUGGAUAUAUCUAAUAAGUUGCAUUCUGUAAUAUAGUAUUGCCUCAAUGUGUUCCAUUAUAUUUUUUAGGAAACUGCAUUAAACUUUGUGUAUAGCCUGCUACACUGAGAGCUAUGUAUUCUCAGAGACAGCAAGGCUGCUUCAUAUCAUUGUUCUCUCAGAAAAAGGUGAUGGAUAAUCAUUUUUCAGAGGAAAUUAUUAUUAAAGAAAUGGAGAUUAUUAGCUAAGGAUCAACAAUCUCUGGUAUUUUAACAUGAUUAUUGGAUUGUUAGUACAACUGUUAUUAAUCACGAUCGUUCAUUUUUGUGAUAAAGCAGGAAAUGUGCCUAGAUUGCCAUGGAUACUGUUACUAGCAUAUCUGGAUAUAGAAUCAGUAACAGAUGAUCCUUAUGCAGUGGUCAUCAUUUCCAAAAUACCCCCCCAAAAGCUUAACUGGUAUGUUAUGGCAAUUUCAGAAUUCAUUAUUGCACAAAGACAAGAUUUUGUGCACUAUGUACGAGUCCAAUUGUCAUGUACACCUAGUAUGAUAUUUCUUCACUGCUUCAUUUCUCCUGUUUAUCUUUUCCAACACUCCUGAAUCCUUGUUUUACCUAACAAUGGAUGGUAAGAAUGUGUAUACAGGUUUCCCAAAUACCAUUUGAUAUGGACUCAGUCCAGUUUCCUGUCUGUCGUUUUUCAGUUCCAUUAAAGCUUCAUACUGAUCCUGGUUGCUCUUAAUACAUUUAUACAUAAAGUGCUUUAUGGUUUUCACUGCUGAUUCUGCCUUCCAUUCGCUUUUGGGUAAUGUGGACUUAAUUAAUAUGUUUCACACCUCAUUUCUGUGUGAAUUGAUCAAACUGACUAGAUGAAAACUGAGGUCCAUCAUCUGAUACAAUGGUGAUUGGCACACCACAGUUUGCAAAAUGCUUCUUUAGAACUCCAGUGACUGCAUUCAAAGUAGUCUUGUUCAGAUAGUCUAUGUGGGGAGGGUACGGUUCAAGGGUGAAAAACUUAAUGAAGAGUGUUUGAUCUGUAGCCUUUUAUUGAUCUAAACUACUAUCUAAGACUAUCUUCUCUGCACGAGUGGCACAAACUGACACUUUGUUGCAACUGGCUGCAGUGCCAAAUACAGUAUCCUUCCGGCUCGGGUGUGACAACUUCUUCUUCGUCUCUCUCAUGCACAAUGUCUGCUUCUUUCAGUUUUCUAGCACUUACACCUCUCAGUAGUAAUUCCUUCUUGUCCUCUGCAUUCUUUGGCCUUUCCCAUCCACCUCUCUAACUUUCACUUAAAACUCUCUUAUGUUCUUGUGAAAAUUAAGUGUUUACUUUUCUCUUUCUUUUACCCAUAUUGACAGCGCGUUAUAACCCUAUUUGGGUACGGCCCCUCCUUAAGCAGUCUAGUUCAUAGUUCCAUGUACAAGUUAUCAUAGUUCAUUUUCAUAUAAGUUCUUGAGCCCAUCUAGUGAUGUUUUCCUUUGCUUCCUUGGUCCCAUGUCUUGUGUUACAGGUUGGAAUGUUAAUGUUUUUACCAGCAUUUUCUUUGGCUAAGGUUACCUCUCUUAGGUCGGGGACAGUUUCAGAAUUAACAGAAAUUUCAGGAGGAUAAAGUUUCCUGAUAGGGCAAUUUGUUGUGCCAUACUUUGUUUUCAAUAUUACUGAUUGCACUAUUCCAUCGUUGCCAUAGCUUAGAUGUGUAACAAGUCCUAAAUUCUACAAAAGACUAGGUUUUAUAUCUUCAUGAAUCAGUACUAUAUGCCUCCAACUUAAGUAGAGUUUUGACUAGCUCCAUUCAUGUUCUCUCUUUCUCUCAGUGCAGUGAGAUAUUCAGAGGUCUAUCUCUAUAUGAAAUGUACAUUAACCUCAUUUACGUGUUUCUAUCUUUUUGUUAAGUGUUCUUUAGUGAUUUUGCUAUAUUGUGUAUACGUUGGAUCCAACUUUUCAUCCUCAUCAGUCAGUGGGUAAGGUAGUGUUUUGAUUUGACAUUCAUUUAAAAGCAUUGAUGGAGUUUAAGGUUCGUCAUCAUUGACGUAUGUAAUGGGAUAGUCAUUUAAUGCUGCUUCUAUCUCCAAUGUUAUUGCUGGAAAUUUGUCUAACGUGAUUCAGCUCCUCCUAAUGUCUUUUUCAUUGCGUUCUUUGCCAGACCAAUCAAUCUUUCCCAAAAGCCACCAAACCAAGGUGCUCUUUUAGGAGUGAAUUCCCACUUAACUCAGUUUUGACUCAAAUAAUGAUGUACAUCUUCAUUUUGAAAAGUUUAGUGAUUUCAUUGGCAGCCAAUGAUAGGUUGUUGUGUUUUCACUAAUCAUUUUCAUAGGAAGUGAUCUCCUUGCUGCAAAUCUCCGAAAACCAUUUAUAAAUGAAGACGUAGGUGGAUGGCAUGAAUAGGGGAGCACAUAAAUAAACACAUAAUACAUACUUAUGCUUCAUAAUUUGUCGGUGCGACCGAAUGCUUUGUUUCUGCUUUUUCAUUUUGUGUAGAAAAUGACACUUUUAAAAUUUAUGAUUAUUAUCAACAGACAACACAGAUUAAUUAUAUUCAUCAGAAAAUAUAAAAUGAUGUAUCAAAUACUUCACGUGAAUGUUUACCGCAAGUUUUUCUAUCAGGGGUUCCGAGUGAUUUAAUCUAUUAUAAGCUUCCAUGUUUUUGUUAUAGCUUUUGUUAUAUGCUAUUAUGACUAGCAACCCAUACUUGUGG